GUUUGUGUUUGUGUGGGGGUCCAUGCAUGUGUAUGACUAUGCCUGUGUUGCAAUGUUGUGUGUGUGUGUGUGUGUGUGUGUGUGUGUGUGUGUGUGUGUGUGUGUGUGUGUGUGUGUGUGUGUGUGUGUGUGUGUGUGUGUGUGUGUGUGUGUGUGUGUGAGCACAGCGUCCUGGCUGUGUGUCCAGCGCAGCCCCGGUAAUGCUGAGACAGACGCUGAGCGGGUGGGUUUAUUUUUGGGUCAGUGACAGUGUGUCAAUGGCCGCAGAUGCGUCGGAAAGGAAGGCUCUGAGAUACAAGCAAACCCUGCUCUAUGGGGAGUACCAAGAGCACCAAGGAGGCUCGGGCAGACGGGAGGCCACACGCCUGCUGACAGAGAGACAGAUCAAAAAACAUGGCAAUCAUCCCCGCAGCCACGGGAGGACACGGCAUGGCCGCCGUGGUCAUGGACAAAACGGAUACCACGGUCGGCACAGCUUUUACAGCAAACAGAGGAACAGGCGCCAAUCCAACAUGGAGGCGGAGCCUGCUGAGGAGCUUACAGCCGAACCUGACAUCACAUCCUCUAUGAAGAAGAAACGCUCCUACUCCAAAUGUAGAGACUGCAUCGCACGGGUCCAGAGAUUCCUUGUGACCAGGUUGGGAGAGGACUGGAUCUUCCUGGUUCUGCUGGGCAUCACAAUGGCGCUGGUCAGCUGGAGUAUGGACUAUGCCAGCGCAAAGAGCCUGCAAGCCUAUAAAUGGAUCUAUGGGGAGCUGAAGGGGAACAUCCCCCUGCAGUACCUGGCAUGGGUUUCAUACCCCCUGAUCUUCAUCCUGUUCUCCUCCCUCUUCUGUCACCUGGUCGCUCCUCAAGCUAUCGGUUCCGGCAUCCCAGAGUUAAAAACGAUCCUGAGAGGAGUGGUGCUAAAGGAAUAUUUAACUCUCAAGGCCUUUGUUGCCAAAGUCAUCGGUCUGACUGCUGCCCUGGGCAGCGGGAUGCCAGUCGGCAAAGAGGGCCCGUUUGUUCACAUUGCCAGUAUCUGUGCAGCAGUUCUCAGCAGGUUCAUGUCCUUCUUUUCAGGAGUUCAUCAGAAUCCAUACUGUUACACAGACAUCCUGACAGUGGGCUGUGCUGUCGGUGUGGGCUGCUGCUUUGGAACUCCACUUGGAGGCGUGCUCUUCAGCAUAGAGGUCACAUCCACCUACUUUGCUGUGAGAAACUACUGGAGAGGAUACUUUGCUGCCACAUUCAGUGCCUUCAUUUUCAGAGUUUUAUCGGUGUUCAACAAAGAUGCAGUAACCAUCACUGCUCUGUUCAGGACAAACUUUCGCAUGGACUUCCCCUUUGACCUGCAGGAGCUGCCGGCUUUCGCCAUCAUCGGAAUCUGCUGCGGGUUCCUCGGCGCCUUCUUCGUCUAUCUCAACAGACAAGUGGUGCUGUUCAUGAGACGACCCAACGCCAUGACCCGCUUCCUGACCAAAUACCGGCUCGUCUUUCCUGCUGUGGUCACUCUCGUCAUCGCCACCUUGACCUUCCCACCAGGGUUUGGACAGUUCAUGGCGGGCGAGCUGAUGCCCAGGGAGUGCAUCAGCUCUCUGUUUGACAACUUCACAUGGACAAAGAUCUCCGGAUCUCCUCCCCCCAUCGGUCUGGGCCGCUCCAUCGCCUGGGUGCACCCUGAUGUCAGCGUCUUCAUCGUCCUCCUCCUCUUCUUAAUCAUGAAGUUCUGGAUGUCUGCUGUGGCCACCGCCAUGCCCAUUCCGUCCGGGGCCUUCAUGCCUGUCUUCAUACUGGGAGCUGCGUUCGGCAGGCUGGUUGGGGAGAUCAUGGCCACCUUGUUUCCUCAUGGGAUCGUGUUUGAUGGCAUCCUUUACCGCAUCAUCCCUGGAGGGUACGCAGUCAUUGGAGCUGCAGCUUUGACAGGAGCCGUAACUCACACUGUGUCCACAGCGGUUAUUUGCUUUGAGCUGACAGGCCAGAUCUCCCACAUCCUGCCCAUGAUGGUGGCAGUGAUCCUGGCCAACAUGGUGGCGCAGGGCCUGCAGCCCUCCCUCUACGACUCCAUCAUCCAGGUCAAGAAGCUGCCGUACCUGCCCGAGCUUGGUUUCGGACACAUGAGCCAGUACAACAUCUUUGUUGAAGACAUCAUGGUGAGAAAGGUGAAGUUCAUAUCGUCUCAGUCCACAUACAGAGAAGUCAAACUCCUGCUGGAUUCCUCCUCCCUCAAAUCCAUCCCACUGGUCGACUCAAAAGACUCUAUGAUCCUAUUGGGCAGCGUUGACAGGUUGGAGCUCCUGGCUCUCUGUGAUUGGUGGUUGUCACCGGAGAGAAGGCUUCUGACACAGGGGCGGAGCCUGCAGGAGCAGAACCAGUGUCAGGAGCACAGCUGGGAGUCCUUUGCUUUUGUAGACGAGGAGGAAGAGGAGGAAGGAGAGAAGGGCAGCCCGGUGCAGGAGGAGAGGAACGGACCCCUCCCUCCUCCAAAGCCUCCGGAGCCUUCGUCCAACCACACGGCUCCUGUUCCUGACAAAGCUCCUCUCCAGUCGGUGAGGAAAACACUCAGGAGCCUCUUCCCCUCUAAGAGCAGACAGGCAGAGGGACAGUCUCAGGAGCCGAGUCCUCCCCCUCUGUCGGACACGAUGACACCAGAAGAGAUCACAGCGUGGGAAGAGGCGGAGAUGGACAAUCCGAUGGAAAUCGAUGAGAUACGAGUCGACCCUUCCCCUUUUCAGCUGGUGGAGAGAACGUCAUUACACAAGACCCACACGUUGUUCUCACUGCUGGGGCUCAGCCAUGCCUAUGUGACCAGUAUCGGCAAACUGGUGGGGGUGGUCGCCCUGAAGGAGCUCCAGAAGGCCAUCGAGGGCUCCACGCGCUCCGGCGUCCGGCUCCGUCCUCCUCUUGCGAGCUUGCGAGAAAUCAUCACCCACAACUCUGUGGCUAAAGCUCCACCGUCCUCUCCCACUGCUCCUUCCUCUCCGUCCUCCAUCCCUUCUCCUUCUCCUUCUCCUGAUCCCCAGCCUCCCCCUCCCCCUCCUCCUCACCUCCAACACCCUCAUCCAGAGAGUGAAACAGAGGUGUGUAUUGAGGGUGUGAAGUUGGAGGUGGAGGAGAGCAGCUGUAGCAGCUCGUCCAGCAUGAGCUGCAGCUACAACAGCACCCUCACCCUCCCCCCCUCCUCCACUCCUCCCCCCGUCCCUUCUUCCUCCACUCCUCCUGUUUCCUCACCUCCUCCUUCUCCCGCCAUCCCUCUCUCCACCCUGACGGCCCUGCAGGGACUUCUCGAGGGGGAUGAAGACAGUGAUGACGAGCCAAUGGUUUAGAUUAGUCAUGAGUGAUGGUAAUAUUUUUUUAUAAUGGAAAACUUUUAUAAUGGUGUGAGUGUUUUCUUCUUAAUGUGUUUACCUCUUAUUGUCACCUUAAAGGCAGAGCAAAGUGUGUUAGCUUGAAGCGACUUUAAAGGUCUGAAUGUUUAUCUGUUGUUAUUUGAAGAUUGUGCAUCUCUCUCUCAUUUCUCUGAUCUCUUUGUGCUGAUCCGGCCUUAUCACCGUUAACUUGUUUUUAACCUUUUGUAAAAUAACUUCCUGUCUUA